AACGUGUCGCCACCCACGAUCGCGCAUGCCACCGACUGCUUCGAGGCACCCUUGAGCACAGCCGCACUACGUGCUUGUAUUCUUGGACCUGUCGCUUGUGUUCGAUUCAAUCGAUUCAAGGUCGCCCAGUGCUCGCAAACCCUCCCGGCUCAUCCCCAAACCCUCCCGGCGCAUUCGCAUAUCAUCCCGACGCAUCCGCCACAUUCUCGAUUCCCCGGCCGCGUCGGCACGCCCGUUGUGUCUCGCCACCCAUCGCCGUGUGUGCCGCCAUCCAUCACCGUGUGUCCCGCGUCAUGGAUCCGUGUCCCGCGCCUCUAUUGGCGCACGCACGGUGUGUCUGGCCCGCAGUGCCCCCGUGAUCAGCAUAUAUAUGGGCGCGACUGAGGCGUUUCGACCUCGACCUCAAGCGAAACACACCUACCGCCACCUACAUUCUACCUUCUACCUACUUCCCUCCCCUCACAACCACCACCACCCACGAUGCUCUUCGCCCCCCUCAUCUCCCUCGCGUCCGCCGCGCUCGCCGUCGCCUCGCCCAUCGUCACCCACCCGCUGCCCAUGAACACCCACCCCCUACAACCGCGCACCGGCGGCCCCGUCAUCGACAAGCCCGCCGCGAACGCGGUGAUCAUGCCGGGCGAGACGUUCGACUUCCUCUACUACAGCAUGGCCGACUACGGGCGGUCUGCAUAUAACACGAGCAUCUGGCUCUUCUCGUCUUCGCCGGGCGACCUGCAGGCGAACACGAAGACGGACACGCUGACGACGGGGCACUUCUUUGGGAGGUUUUCGACGGGUAACUAUCCGGGCAACCCCUACCCAAACCAGCCCGUCCCCAAGCAGCUCACCAUGCCCGACUUCUCCGUCAACCAGGGCGGCUUCGGUUCCGGGAAGACCGCCUCGGACGCGCCCAUGUACCUCGCCGUCUUCGAGGAGUGGGCGGAUGGGUCGGGCACGCUGGGCAACAAGGUCGCCUUCGUGUCGACGCCAAUCGUCUACAACGGGACGCAGUCGGAGUGAUCUGGUCGACUUCUCCUAUGAUGCGGUCGACUGCGUUUAAGAUGUGGUCGACUUGUCCUAUGAUAUAGUCGACUUCUCCUAUGACGCUUGGACUUACUGAUCACGAUGGACUCGCUGAUCACGAUGGACUCGCUGAUCACGAUGGACACGCCAGCGACGCACGAUUCGGACACGACUUCGAGGUGUAACUUUGAUGUGUGCAUCGGACUACGACUUCGAUAUGUAUCGGAUACGACUUCGACGUAUGUCGGACCAUGAUCUCGACGCGUGCACCGGACACGGCUAUAUGUAAACUAUAUCUUCACGGAUAUCUCGCGGACUUGCGAUGCUCUACUUUACCCUCUUGUACAAUUUACCUAUUAGUGUCGCUGUAAUAUCCCCUUCGACCCUCGACAUAGUUGCGCUGAGCC